CAUUGAAGGCAGCGUUAUUGAGUGACGAUUUGAAGUGAAGUUCGUCCCUCGCCCCACCAUCGAUGUUUCACUUUCAACUUCCUAACUCAUCCUAUUGAUUUAAUGUUGUGACUUAAGUUUAGUUAAUUUUCCGCUAGCGCCGUGGAAAAGGAAAACGCUUUCCCACGUGGGUAAGAUGCGGUCAUUUGAAAUGGAUAUGGCAGCGAGCCGCGCGUGAGAUUGGCUGCCGUCCGUUAAGUCAGGAAGACGCGUGAACAACGGAUGUGUGACCGUCCGUGACGACCGCCGACGCGUUUUGUUUCGUGCCCUCGUCUGAAGUUGACGUGUGCCUUCCUCCGGCUUCCUGUGGCUGUGGGUCGGUCGGACACGCACCGGUGGCACCGAUCGCGAACUCCCCACAACCGCGCAGCGCCGUGUGUGUUCGAACAGGUCUUCCGUCCCUCCCGUGGGUUCAAAAAUGGGCACCCAGGGCUCAGGACGCAAAAGAAACAGUAACAAGGAGCGAACCACGGCAGAGGACGAUGCCCUCAAUCUCAUCGCCAGAGACGCCGAGGCCCGACUGGCAGCCAAGAGGGCAGCGAGGGCGGAAGCCCGAGAGAUCCGCAUGCGGGAGCUUGAGAGGCAACAAAAAGAGAUCUUUCAGGUGCAGAAGAAAUAUUACGGCUUGAAUCCUAAAGCAGAUGACCGAUCAGACAGCAAAUGGGGCGAUAUUGAGCAAUGGAUGGAGGACAGUGAGCGAUACUCGCGACCUUCGCACACGCAUACGCUCUCGGAUGACGACGAACGGAUCUCUGCGGGGAGCCGAGGCAGCACCAGGUCGGAACUUGACGCAGUUUACGGUGCCGGGGGGUCGUCCUUGCUCUCGCAUAAGUCCAAGAAAAAGAAGAAACAUAAGCACAAAGAGAAGGACAGGAACGGCCACGAUGAUGAGCACAGUGUUCUAUCCAGCCGGGCAUCGUACGCCGCCUCAUCUGACUUGUACAGCCUCAAUGGCCUGUCCGCCGCCGCCACCGCCGCAGGCAGGAACCCGGCUUCGACUGGUUCCUACCAGAGCUCCUUAUACGGGGACGGGCUCUAUUCCGGAUCGCGCCAAGUGUCCAGCUCCAACUCUGGCUCCCAUAUCCCAAUAGAGUACGCUAGCUACCGCAGCAGCUCCAGAACUUCCAGUCGGGCCAAUUCUGCCCGUACCAGCCCAGUGGACGAGCGCGCUGGCUCUGUUGCCAGUCUGUUGAGAAGCGUUUCCGGUAGCAGGGGACUCCCCAGGGAUCUGGCCAAUGUUACCAUUCCCGAUUUUUUAGACGUAGACGACAGGGAUUAUCCUGAGAAAGGUUCUCGAGCGGCUUCCGCAUUAACGGCCACCACUCUCACCUCCCUCGGGGGGAGUUCCUCACGGAGAGGAAGCGUCGAGAGCGCCCUCACCGUCGAUGCGGAAAGUGCCACGAGGGAGAUCAAGGAAAUUCAUGAACUGAAGGAUCAGAUUCAAGAUGUGGAGUCCAAGUACAGUCAGAACCUAAAAGAAGUCAAGGAGGCCUUAGCAGAGGUGGAGGAGAAGUACCGCAAGGCCAUGGUGUCCAACGCCCAGCUGGACAAUGAAAAAAACAACCUGAUGUACCAGGUGGACACGCUCAAAGACUCGCUGAUGGAACUGGAGGAACUCCUGUCUGAGUCAAGGCGGCAGUUCGAGGACAAGCUCAAGGAUUUUGAACGUGAGAAACACACCCACAGUGUGCUUCAGUUCCAGUUCAACGACAUGAAGGAGACCCUGAAACAAAGCGAGGAGCUGCUAAAUGAGAUUCGCCAGUUGCGUUUGAAGCAGGAGGGUUUUGCUAGGGAAAUAGCCGAUCUCCAAGAAACAGUGGAGUGGAAGGAUAAGAAAAUUGGGGCCUUAGAGCGACAGAAAGAAUACACGGACGCGAUCCGAACCGAGCGAGACGAUCUCAGAGAAGAGGUGGUGAAGCUGAAAGAUAUUCUAAAGAAACACGGAAUAGUGCUGGGACCCGACCUGAGCGUCAACGGCGACGCCAACGAGACGGAAACGGACGCGGCCACCGGCGGAGACGGCGCUUCGCCGAGCUCCCCGGCGGAGGGGAGCAGCGUGCUUGGAAGCUCAGACGACUCUGGUUUGAGAAGUAGAGGCAAGGAAGCGGUGGAUCAAGAAGAGGGCGGACAAGUGUUUGAGGAAGGCCAGACGAGCGCCGCCGAUAGGCUCUCGGACACUUAUGAGGGGUCCGUGAAAGAAAAGAUGGCAAAUGUUCAAGAAAAUGACGCAACGGGUCAAACGGUUACGCGAGUCAACUCUGAUUUAGAGGAGACAGACGCAAUAAUCAAUGGUAAUUUGAUAGAAGCUGUCCAAGAAUCGUGCCCCCAAGAUCAAAGAAGUCCCCAAGCAAGUUCCCCAGUAGGCGCGAAUGAGUCCAAAUCAAGUCGCGAAGAACAAAUGAAAGAUUCCGAAUGGUGUUCCCAUCUGGGGCUCCUUCAUGAAGAGAUGGGAGACGUCAUAGCUUUGGAAGAAAAUUCCCAAGCGUGUCCCAUAGAUGGUGAAUACGCUGAGCCGUGUCCCUGUGUGCAAGGCGUUGGAGAACCUCAGUCUGGUCUCCAAGCAGAUUUGCAAUCAUCUCCUCAAGAAGAUAUUCCUCCAUCUAAAUCCUGUCAAGGGGAAGAUGUCAAAACAUAUCCCCAUGGAGAUGGGAAAGAUUUGGAAUCAAACAUUCAAGACCCAGAAGUAGAGGUCAAAUGUUCCGAAUGGCGUCCCCAAGCGGAAGAUGCAAAGGAUGACGGACAAGAAGACGGAAAUGAUUCUGAACCGUGUUCCCCAGUACAAGGCGGCCAAGACUCGCAAUCUGGUCCGCGGGUCGUGGAGCCCGAGUGCAUCGCUGAACUGCAGCAGGAAACUGCUGAAGCAAGCAGCGGUGACGCCGGUAAGAGCGCAAACGUCCGUGGGAAAAAGAAAAAAAAGAAGAGGAGAGGCAAAAGGAAAGGACCCGCCCCUGAGGAACUAACGCAUCAAAGGGACAACAAGGGAGGAAAUGGGACCACGGAGCAAGACAAGCUCCAGACAGAAGGCACAGGAGCCUCACCAUUAGCAAACGCGGACUGUGCUCACGUCAUCCAGUGCCUUCAAGAAGCGGCGCCCGCAAACCUUCACCAUCUCCAAGAAAGCACGACGGCGCAAAUGCUCCAUGCGGAUGAGCAAAGCGGUCGACAUUUGGAAGUGGAAAAAGUAGAAAUCGUGCAAGAUUCUGCCGAAGCGCAGGAAGGAUCAGAUCCGAUUUUGGACAAAGACGCCAUUAGAGAUGACACCACCAUCGAUUCAGGUCCUGGUGACGUGACUUUUGUCCAUAAUGAAGUUGAAACAAGUUCUCCAACUCCCAACGAUAAUAAAGAAGACUCCGUAGGCCAGUUGGAAAGCUGCGACAAAGCGCCCUCAGAAAGUCACAAUCGGGUGUCUGCGACGUCUCCCGACGACAUCGGCGACGGUCUCCAAGACUCGUCGUCAUCGUCUGCGCUACGAGCCGAUAGCCUCACGGAGGUUGUUUUCAAACAGCAAACGUUUACAAACCAAGAGGAUGAGGAGAUCUUGAAAAAGGACAAUGACCACUUGCUCACUUUUGUCCAGCCGGAGAAAUCCUCGCAUGACCUGGACGAGGAGGAGACUCGGGCCGGACUUGGUGCCGACGGACAGACUUUGCUUUGCGAAGAUCGUUUUGUUGACGCUGCCUUGGACACGCUGGAGUCCCAGAAAGUGAGCCAUCAAGUCACCAAUGAAAACCUAGCCGCUGCAGAGGAGCAUGAAAGCAUGGAAGAUGACCGUCAAGCCGCCGAUCUCGGCGCCUGCCAGCAGGACAGUGGGGAGGAUGAAGAUGAGAAAGGGCAUUCCUUUGAUUUUGACGACCUGGACACGGCCGUGGAGACGCUGGGAAAUCCUGAGCGGCGGCGAGUUGAGGUGGGAGAUGAAGACGUCGCAUCAGAUGAGCUCCAAACCGACAAGAACAGAAAGGAUAGCGAGGCAGUCGCACCAGAGCAGACAGAUGUUGAGAUGGCCGUGGAAGUCCUGCCAGAUGAAUGUAGCAAGAAUAAUAAUAAUAAUAGCAAUACUGAAACGCCAACAACGCGGAGAGAUGCGCGUGGAGCCGCAUCAAACGUUUUGACCAAUGUAGAAAGCCACGGGAAGGACGGCCAGCCUUCCAACACUGGACUUCCACAAACCCCGGGCGAAGACCAAAUCCCAGCUCAGGCCGCGCCGUUAGCGGUAGAUAGCGUUGAGAAUGCGCCAGAUGCAAGCGCCACCCUUAGCAACAUCGAGACGCCAGACGACUCUGGAAAAGACGGCAAGAAAAAUGGGAAGAAGGGAAAAGGCAAGGGCAAAGAUGACUGCAAGGUGACUUAGAGCUUACCUUUCAAAAUGACUCUCCGGUGUGAUAGGGAGGUUUUUUUUCUGAUUUGAUUGCAUAGUUUUAGAAUAGACAUCAUGAGCUUUAUUACUUUUAUUUUUUUGCAAGUUGUAUGUGCCAAAAAGCAAUGAGAAUGAAAUGUGCAAGCUUUUUCAACAAUGCUGUUGAUGUUUUGGGGUCCCUCCCCCUCUCUCUAUUUGAGGAACUGAUUCAGCUCUUUUUGAUGAUGUUAAAUCAUACAAAGUGGAGAAAAAGCAUUUUUCUAUGCAGGUCAAAAUCAAACAUGCUUGUCAAUUCAGGCUGUAAAUGUCAGGGGGAAGUGUUCAAGGUCAGGGGUCGAGAUGGGAUUGGGUCGGGGUUAGGAUAGCAGCAUGCACAUAACAAACGCAUGUUGCUUUUUGUUGCACUUACUGAGUGAGUGUGAUCCAUCCACAAUAAAAAAAAUAUGAAACAGAAAAAAAA